AUGCUAAUGACGUGCCGGCGUUUCGUUCACAGGUGUCUGGCGGAGGAACGACAAGAAGAAGCGGCACUGUGCCGCGGGCCGGAGGACGACGACGACCACCUCGGCAGCGACAGCGAUAGCAGCACCGCUGUCGCCAUCAUCACCACCACCUCUACCACCAACAACAACAACAACAGCAGCACCGCGGUGGCCACUAUGAUGUCGGCCGCUGGUGCGGUCGGCGGCGGCCGUCUGCUGGUCGUCGUCGACGUGGACGGCGCCGACAGCGACAGCUGA